AUGUCAGCGAUGGAAACGCAAAGUCAUCAGCCCGUUGCGCCUCACAAAGCCGCCGGGCUGAACAAUAUCCUCAACAACGAUGACCGGCCUUCGACCAACGGCCCUCCACUGCAGCUACGGGACUCUGGCUUCUAUUCAACAGCCGAGGCUUCCAGCAAGCACACAUCCGCCGCCUCCUUCAGCGUGAAUGGCCUUAGCCCAGCAGGCUCUGGAUACCAAUCGUCGCUUGCAGACAAGACGCCUUCCCCGGUGGCCACCAACUUGGUACCCCAAGCGCUCGUCUCGCCUUCGGCAAGCAACAUGAGUGUUGCCUCCAUGGUUUCGCCCACAUCGCCGACCAGUGACCGGAGGUUCGACCGACCGACCUCGAUUGAAUCACAAGGACAGAAUGGGGCCACCCUCGGCGAGAAUCUCGUAAUCAGUGGCGGUCCCAGGCGCGAGAGUGUUGACAGCAGAAUUAACCAGGGUAUCAGUGACAUGCGCCUCGGCUCUUCCCCUUACGCUAGUAACAACCAGUCCACGAGCUCCAUUCAAAAUACUCUUCACUCUCAACGAAAUCCUCGCCCGGGCCUGGAAUCAUUGUCAGUACACAGAAUUUCCAAUGGCUACCAGCCAAGCGCCGACCGAAACCCUGGUGAGCCCAAAGUCAUCAAGACGGCACCUGCGAUUACUGGCCCUGCGACUAGUCACAUUGCCCGAGCUGCUGAACCGACCAAAGGUCAAGCCUGGGCUUUCCCUGAAGAAGAGAUCCAGCGCGUGGGACCACCUGCCCACUACGAUGACUCUCGACGCAGCAGCAUCACAGAGUCUAUCGCUAGCAGCCAAUUCACUACCGAGUCCCGAUUGCCCCCGGGUCAGCGAAGACUAGAGGAUGGAGCUGAUUAUGCUCGCAUGUCGACCGCAUCCAACGAGUUUCCUCCCGUGCACCAUCAUACGAUGCAACACAAGCAGCUGAGCGAUCUCCAGGCCGAAGAAGGAAGCGGUCCUCCCGGAUCCCAGCCUUAUAGUCGGACUCCCGAGUUGAGAGUUAGUCACAAGCUGGCUGAGCGCAAGCGACGGACAGAAAUGAAGGAACUCUUCGAUCAAUUGAGAGAUCUGAUGCCCCAAGAACGAGGAUCAAAGGCAUCAAAAUGGGAAAUCUUGACAAAGGCCAUUGCCGAACACCAGCGUCUAAAUGACUCAAUUCGGGCUCUCCAAAACCACUGCGCCAACGCCUCAACAGAGAAUGAGAUGCUACACCGUGAGGUGCAAGCUUUGCGCAUGGAAGCUGCUCAGUUACGAGGGGAGAUUGGCUCUUCUGGGAACCCUCCCCAGCAGGCGCCACCUCCACCACCCUCACAGGGCUCACAGCCGCCGCCGCCAGCCUCGUACGGCAGCGACAUUUACGCCAAUACCAACAGAACCGAACUGCCACCUCUACGCUCCAUCCACAACGGACCGGACUCCAUGACUGGGGUCCAGUACGAUGCGCCUCGAGUCAACGGCUACCGACAGGAAAGAUACUAG